CGAAAAAAGCGACCAGUUGACAUUUCGCGUAAUUAACAUUUGAUGUUUUCCUCCGUGGAAUUAGUUAUUUUCUUCACAAAAACAUAGUUUCUUCGUAUGUUUCGCGAUAAUGGCGACUUCAAGUGACACGUCGGAACAGAAUAAUGUCAAGUCGAGGCGGCCAGCUGAGUCAGCGUUCAAGCAGCAACGUCUGCCGGCUUGGCAGCCGAUCCUCACGGCGGGGACGGUCCUGCCAACCUUCUUCGUCAUCGGCAUUGCCUUUAUCCCCGUAGGCAUUGGUCUGCUUUAUUUUUCUGAUGAGGUAAAGGAACAUGUAAUAGACUACACAUACUGCACAAAGAAGGGGGACACAAUUGCGUGUGCAGAUUACAUCCGGCAGACCAACGUGACGUUGGACAAGUGCAUCUGUGAAAAGGAUUUCAAUCUUACUGAAGACUUCAAAGCUGAAGUCUACUUUUACUAUGGACUCAGUAACUACUAUCAGAACCACCGGCGAUAUGUUAAGUCAAGAGAUGACAGUCAACUGCUGGGGCGGUUGAACCAGCCACCAUCCAGUGACUGUGAGCCGUUUGCCUACGACCACGAUGACAAUGGAGUGAGGAAACCUGUGGCGCCAUGCGGUGCUAUAGCCAACUCUCUGUUUAAUGAUACGUUGAAGCUGUACUCGCACGACCACGGGGACGCAGUGCCGGUGCUGCGGACCGGCAUCGCGUGGAACUCCGACAAGGACAUCAAGUUCCGCAACCCAGACACCUCUGCGUUCAACGGCAGCCUGCAAGCUGCGUUCGCGAACUACACCAAGCCAGCCAACUGGGCCGUCCACGUAUGGGAAUUGGACCUCAACGACACUAACAACAAUGGAUUCUUGAACGAGGACUUGAUAGUGUGGAUGCGAACGGCGGCGCUGCCGACAUUCCGCAAGCUGUACCGGCGCGUGGACCACGGCAAGACUGGCUUCCGCACCGGGCUCAACCGCGGCCUCUACACACUCACCAUUGAAUACAACUACCCGGUUACCGAUUUCGACGGUACAAAGUCCUUUAUAAUAUCUACGACGUCACUUCUUGGCGGGAAGAAUCCCUUCCUCGGCGUAGCGUAUGUGGUCGUCGGCACGCUAUGCCUGAUGCUUGGCAUUAUACUGCUAAUUAUACACGUCCGCUGCUCUAAGAGCACAACGGAGAUGAUAAACGUGAACCCGCGCACACCAUACUCCUAAGAUGCAAGUCGACAUAGUCUAUGGACCACAGACAAAGUAGCCAAAGUGAAAUUGUGUGUUAAAAUAACAAAACUAACUUGCAAUAGCUGUAUGACAAUGCAAUCAAAUUGUAUUCUUUUAUAAUUAGUUCUUACCGCGUUUAAAAUAGGGAUAUGAGACUCCCGAUAUUUCGACACUGUUGCAAGUGAUAAUAACCGCGUAUACUUAAAACAAUGUAUAACUAAAACUGAUAUUUUAAUAAUUCAUUUGAUAUAAUGUCCAAUUUGGUAUUUCAGUAUACUUGACAGUUGUAACAAUAACAUACGAAAUAUGUCUUCAUUCAAGCCAAUUCUUCAUUGUUCGGAUAGGAGAGCUGAGCCGCCAUUUUCCAGCUUAUACUAGACGCACUGUAUAUAAGAAGAGGAGACUCUUCCGAUUUUGAUGUUAAGCUGUUUAUAAAAUUAAAUUGUCCGACGUCUCAAAGUGUUCUUAAAUCUAUUGAAUAAAUUGCAAAAUGAAAGACCGGCCUACUGAAGGGUAUAUAGGAAACGCUAGAAAAGUUAAAAUAAUUUUUAUCAUAGACUUUUUGUCAUACAAUAUGAUUACAAAAUUAGUAUACAAUAACGUACAAGGUUUCCAAAAGUACUUAGGAAUUAAAAAUCAUAUUUAAACAAAGUAUUUAUAAAUGCUACAGUUCUGUAUUGUAAAAUUAUUUUCUCGAAUGAAUUAUGAUGAAUUCAACGACAUAUGCCAAGAUCAUCAUCUCCCUAGCAUUAUCCCGUUUUUCAAAGGGUCCACUUACCUAACCUGAAGAUUUAACAGGUCCGGCUUUUUACAGAAGCGACUGCCUGUCUGACCUUCCAACCCGCGAAGGGAAAACUAGCCCAAUACAGGUUCCGAAAAUGCAUUUCUCGGGUAUGUGGGUUUCCUCACGAUGUUUUCCUUCCCUAAGUCAUAUGCCGCCAAGAUACGAUAUGAUAUAUGUGAUGCGGUUCUCUCUCAAUUGGAAACCUUUACUGCAAUUGUUUUAUUUUCCACAUAAUUAAUUUAAUCAAAUUAUUUCAGAAUGUAGGUACAGUUAUGAACAUUCAUAUUGUAAUAUACAUUUUAGUACCAUGUCAUACUAAUUUGUUUGACAAAUUGAACUGUAAGUCUUACUAAAUGUCAAAUAUUAUAAGCGACAGGGUUCUAAAGUGGCUACAUGAACGUCAACAUUCUGUCUUCAAAGUUCAUCAUUAGUUGGAGGCUCUAGCGUUGUUUUAGAAAUCAAAGUAGAAGUCGCAUAUUAAUUAAUAAUAUGUUAUGUAUUGAUAUUGUGAUAAUUGUAUCGCUAUUUAUUAUCGUUAUUCGUAGUUAUUUUGUUUUUAUUCUUUAAAAAUGUUUUAAAUGGGCCUAUCAAACUUAUAAUACUUAUUAUUGAUUCUAAAUCGAACAUCAGCAAAAGAUCAGACGCUCUAGUGAAAUUAUAGACCUUAACGCCGCAUUUACAUUAAGUAAAAUGGUAUACAAACACACCCUGGACAGUCCAUACAAAAAUCUCAUUUUUACGGUUUGCUGUCUAACGCGUAUGUGCGAGCGAGACAGACAAUGUGCGCGCUCCUUACUCCUUAGCGGUGCGGGCAUUUAGGACUAAAGUAAGUCCCAGAGGGGGUGAGGUCGGUGUUCGCUACGAAUGGGUGCGGGGCGGAGAGUUACCGUUCUGCGCGUAGUAUUAUUCUUUAUUCUAUGACAAAACUAAACAUAAUGAGUAAAGCCCUUAUAGAUUAAGACUUUAAUGUUCUUGUCGAAAUUUAAAAAGACAACAGUCAUAUUUUGUUACGAUACUGCAAAAAUGAAUCAUUUUAUCAUUUAUGUAAUUUAAAAAAAAUAAGUAAUUGAUUACGAACAAAAAGAUUCUCGAGUCUUACUUCUAAGUGCCUUUUAGAUAUUGUAGAUGCUUUUGGUACCACAUGCAUUUCGCACCUAAUUCGUGUUCAUAUCUUGUAUUUUGCGAAAUUAAAAGCACUUUUGUACUUAUUAAACAGUAUUUUAGAUUUGAUCUACGGGAAUUCGUCAUAAAUUUUUAUCACGCAUUUAAUUUACAUAUUUUUUUAACUCUGCUCUAUCUAUAAAAUAACUUGAGGUCUAAAAAGGCCACAAUGAAGCAAUUCAUCUAAAAAGCAACAUGGCUAUUUGACAGUUGUGCAUAAUUAAAGUGUGCAAUAUCAAUAAAUGUCAAAUAACAAAAUUGAUUUUUCAGAAGAAUUGUUUCAAUGUGGCCUCUCUAGACCCCCUUGUUUUAGAUAACGUUAGAUAUUAUUGGUGCUAAUUCCUGUAAAUACCAUCUAAUUUUAUUUUAAGUUAUAUCUGUCAUUUUCUUAUCCGCCGAAAAGGAAAAGGACGGGUAAUCGACAAGCAUAAAAUUUAUGGAACACACGUAAAUUUUAAGGACAAAUCUAAACCAACCGUCUAAAAAUUUUACAUCCGUCAAUAACCCGACACAGUUAAAUAGACAGCACGUCAACGACGUACCUUUUUGAUUCGCCCGGGUUAUUCAUUCAUUUACUCAUUCUUCUUAAAAUUAAGAGCUGUGAAUCAUCCGUCCCUUUCCUUUUCGACGGAUAUAAAAAUGACGGAUAUAACUUAAAAUAAAAUUAGGCGGUGUCUGCAGGAAUCGGGGCCAUUGUGUAGUUGUUAAUCAUUGUAAUAAAUGUUUAUUAAAUUACAUAA